AGGUGACAGGGUACGCGGGGACGAUGGAGGUGACCCACACGAAGCCGCAGCCCCCCCUCGCUCCCGUGUCCCCGCAGAUGGUGCUAUCCCCGCGGCCGUGGCACGCGCUGGUGGCCGUGUCGCUCUGCGCCCUGCUGUGCUUGGCUGCGCUGACGGCCGCGUACCCCGCCAAGCCCGAGAGCCCCGGGGACGACGCGUCCCCCGAGGAGAUGGCCCGGUACUUCUCGGCCCUUCGCCACUACAUCAACCUGGUCACGCGGCAGAGGUACGGCAAACGCGCCAGCCCCGACGCCGCGGUGACGGAACUGCUCCUGGGGGCCGGCAGUGACAGGUCAAGGUACGACGACGACUCCGCAUGGUGACGGCACCCCCCUCCAGUCCCUCUGUCCCCCAAACCCUCCCUAUCUCUCCACGUCUCCCCAGGGGACCCAGGGCCAGUGCGGGACCCCCCUCUGGAGGGUCGGGAACCCCCAGAUCCCGGCCCAGGGGCGUCCCGCUGUCGGGGGGGGCCCCGACCCCAUCCCCUCCCCACCGCUGUUGGGGGGGUCCCGCGUGGUCCCUGCACGCCCCCGCAGCGGCAAUAAAGACACGAUCGUGGGCACUGC